GCCACUCUCUCACUGCCAUCGAUUGGCUCCCCUGUGCCGCCUCUGUAAGUUCUUUCACACAUUUGACUCGUGCCCGGAUAUGCAGGCCCAGGCGACUGCUUCUCGUUUUGCCUUGCUUUUCGCCGCGGCGUUCCUGGGCGUCUUCCUCAUUUCCUCCUUUGUCGGCGUGUAUGUGAGUUCGCGGGGAUGGCUGAGCUCGAGCCUCAGGGGAAUCGUGUGCACGUCAGGGGCCGGACCAGCGCCAAAGCAGCGGGAAGUGCCUGUAGAUCAGGUGAGCUGCGCAGAAUGCGAUGCACAUUUAUUUGGACUGCUUAUGUUUGGUGUAGCUGGUGGUGUCACAUGUCAGCGGCUCUCUUCAACUUCCCUACCGUGACAGACAAGGAAUACAAAGCACUUUGGCUGGCCCAAACACACGUACACCGAAGUUGCCGUCGCGGCAGACGAAUGGGAAGCGCAGGAGCCGACGCCAGCGGCGGUGGACGUUGGUCCAGCUGACCUGCCUGUGGAUGUACCCGGCGACGGCGUAGAGGUGACUGUUGUCAUUGACAAAGGCAAAGACAACACCGACACUGACACUGACACUGACACUGACACCGACACAGAAAGAGGUAACCGAGCACCCCUCGCUGUACAUACACUUCCCACGUCUUCCAACGUCUUCCCCCUUUUAAUGGCGUGCCAGGGAAGGUACUCGAGCACAUCGUCGUGACGUUGAAGCAGGAAGAGGAGGGUGCGUCAACAAGCGAAGGUAAAGGUGAAAGCACAGGGCAAAUGAGAUCGAUGGCAGCCAUUCACGUUGUGCGUUGAUGUGUGUCGCUCCCGAUUGCAAACACAGCUCAGGAUUGCACAGGUCAGGGUUCGCACUUACAUGCAAUCUAGUCGUCUCCUGUCUCUCCCCGUGUGGCCGCUCUCUGUCUGCAGGUGUCACUCCGUCACUUGCCGACUUCCAGCUGGUGGACCUGAACAGAGGGCAGUCCGAGGGCAGCGCCAAGGUGAUAGAAGACGGCACGACUGACUUUGUGGUACCCGCUGAGAUGGGUAUGCACUUCACCUUCACGGCCGUCCCCGAGUCGGCCUGCGUCACAGCCGUCCAGUUCCUCCUCUUUGACUACCAAGUGGGCAGAGACACUUAUGAAUCGUACUUGAUUGAUACGUGUUUGCUCUGGUCUGCUGUGUGUGUGUGGUGUGUAUUAAGGGAAACUUCAUGGAUUGGGACACGUAAGGCCACAUACACAUACACCCACACGUCCUCACACGCACAAUUGAUGGCCUUGCUGCUCAGCACACGAGAUCCUCCCUAUCUCGAGAGGGCCACCCAGGGCGCCAAGGGAGGAGCAUUCACGGCCUUCGGCAACAGCGAGCCGCCCGCUGGAUCGGAGGCGAUGGCUCUGCAAGCUCAUUUUACUAAGGGCGCGAGUGAGGCCAUCGGCUCGCCGGGCAUGUUCACACUCGCAGCGACGCCGUUGAAUGGAGAGAUCGAGGGCAAGGACACCGAAAUCACAUUUAAGCUGCGCAGCAAGCCUGAGAGGGGGAGACAGGAAGGAGAAUGACUUCGUUGGGUGUGUGUUGUAGUCACGAUUCCCGUGACUCCUGAGCAGAAGAACACAUUUCUUGGCCAAUACUGAGAUAUCUCGGCAUGGUCUUUUUCUAGCGCUAGUCGUGGCGGCGAUACGUGAUUUACUCGUCAGUAAAUUCCUUGUCCACCUUUUGCCUCUCUUUUCUUUUUUUCCGCCCCCGUGUUCUUCGUGCACUUUUAAGCGUUCGUGGCAAUUUGUUGGUGUAUGUGAGUGUGUGUGAGUGUGUGUGAGUGUGAGUGUGAGUGUGUCCUGGGUGCAAUUUUUGAAGUGGGACCCAGAGUGUUCGUACGAGAGCAGCCGCUGUGCACAGCCUGCAUGCCUGUGACUUGACGCGACUUGCCUCCCAACACUCGCAGGCCAGACAUGCACCCAUGUGGUUCUCCUGCCACCCAUACCACUGCAUAGCUUCGUGUGUAAAGCGGGGUCCGUGUGUAUGUGUCUCUCUCUCUCUCUCUGUGUGUGUGUGUGGUUGUCUGUCUCCUUGUCGAUGCUACCCUGCUGCCUCUUUUUCUUGCUCCUUCCACCUGCACGGCUCAAACAGGCCGGCAGGGGAAAGACCUUUAUCCGUACCAUCCAUCCAUGUGUGCUGAUAGGGGAGGGCGUCGUGCAGUGUGCUCGUUUGGUGCUUUAGAGGUUCGGAGGUCACGCCUUGUGACCUCUGAUGUGUGAGUGCACGUCUUGUCACGCCUGCGUGCACACACAGAUCUCUGUCUGUCUGUUGGGUGCCCAGUCUUGUGUCUGAUGUACUUUGUGUGUCGGAUAGACCAUCCGUGUUCGUACCUUUGUGCCGUGAGGCCGAUGUGUUUUCCUGUCUGUGUCUUUUCGUGUGCGAAAGUGUGACGGACGGAGACACCAAUGCAGUCCAAAUAUUCGGGCAAGAGAAACGAAGUGAGCAGAGGUUUUUGGCGUCUCCAAUCGAUCAGCCUGCGGAGGCACGGAAGCACGGCCCUUGCUCCCAUAUUCUGUGGAGGGCGAUGAAUGACGUGAAGCUCUG